UCGAGGGGCGCCGGAGUGGACCGGGCUCGGGGUCACAAUGAAUAACCCUAUACCUUCCAAUUUGAAAUCGGAAGCAAAAAAAGCUGCUAAAAUUCUAAGAGAAUUCACAGAAAUAACUUCCAGAAAUGGACCUGAUAAGAUCAUUCCUGCUCACGUCAUCGCCAAAGCCAAGGGCCUCGCGGUUCUGUCUGUGAUCAAAGCUGGGUUUCUGGUGACUGCUCGAGGGGGCAGCGGGAUCGUGUUGGCCCGUCUUCCGGAUGGAAAAUGGUCCGCACCUUCAGCCAUCGGGAUAGCGGGGCUCGGCGGAGGAUUCGAGAUCGGAAUCGAGGUGUCGGAUUUGGUGAUUAUUCUGAACUACGACAGAGCAGUAGAAGCUUUUGCAAAAGGAGGCAACCUGACCCUUGGCGGGAACCUCACUGUGGCCGUCGGGCCCCUGGGCAGGAAUUUGGAGGGAAACGUGGCCCUGCGCAGCUCUGCCGCCGUCUUUACCUACUGCAAGUCCAGAGGCCUCUUCGCGGGCGUCAGCUUAGAAGGCAGCUGUCUGAUCGAGAGGAAAGAAACCAAUCGGAAAUUUUAUUGUCAAGAUAUCCGCGCGUACGACAUCUUAUUUGGAGAUGUGCCGCGGCCCGCCCAAGCCGGAGACCUUUACGAGAUUCUCGACUCCUUCACCGAGAAGUAUGAGAACGAAGGGCAGCGGAUCAACGCGCGGAAGGCGGCCCGGGAGCAGAGGAAGGCUUCGGCCAGAGAGCUGCCUCCCAAACCACUGUCGAGACCACAGCCGGCGUCUCGAGGCCGACCGGACGCCGACUCUCAAAGUAACAGAAACGAAUACAAGCUCUACCCGGAACUUUCCACCUAUCACGAGACAGUCGGCGAUUCCCGUGGACCCACAGAAGUGACCGCUCUCUAUUCGUUUGAAGGACAACAGCCAGGGGAUCUGAGUUUUCAAGCUGGAGACAAAAUCACCGUUACCUCAAAAACGGAUUCAAAUUUUGAUUGGUGGGAAGGAAGACUUCGAGGUCAAACUGGCAUUUUUCCAGCCAACUAUGUUACCAUGAAUUAAACUUUUAAUUAUUUUCUUCUUUGAGAAGUACCAAAAAUAAUGAUUUCUGCACUGAUAGAACUUACUGUCCAGGUACACAGCCUUUAGCCUAAGUUUAAAAAUUUGGCAAGAAUAAGAAAUAAAGGCAUCCAAAUUGGAAAGAAUAAACAUUUAUCUUUUGUGUAAAAGAGUUAGUUUUUUUCUCUAUAAAUAAAUGAUUACCUUAUAUAUCUCUAAAUGCUUUGUACUAAUUUUAUCACAUAUACUAAUCAAUUGUUCAGAUCCUCAAUUUAUAUGCUCACAGUUCUUUUUUGUUUAUUUUCUAGUGUCACAAAACACUUGUAUAUGGUAACUGUUUAUUUUCAUUUGAGAAUCUUGAGGGUAGCAGCAUCAAUACCAGUACAUACAUAUGUUUCUGCAAAGUGACUGGAGAGAAGGAAACAGUUUACAUAGGAUAGCAGUAGUAAUGCUUAGAGUUGUAAGUAUUAAGCAGAAUAUGAAUCCUUAAAAACUAUCUUCAUACCUUUAAAAAUUGUGUAUAGACAUUUAAAGUAGAAACGUACUAUUACAAAGAAAUUCAGCUACUAUGCGUUUAAAAAGAUGACACCUGUUCAUGUUUCUCGUUAUAAGGCUACAUUUGUUAGUCUCCAGCGGUAGUAGAGUCCACUUGU